AUGUCUGAUAAUCGGCGCGGUGUCCUUCGGGACAAUCCAGAAGCAGCAAGAACCAAUGCCCCGCCAUCAGGCUAUCUCGAGAACAUCCUCAAUGCUGCAGCCGCCGCCGACAAGGAGAACGUUCCCACUGGCACCGGCUUCUCUCCUACCGACAAAGCUGCUUUUGCUCCAGCCGCCACUCCAAGCCAACCUGCUCCCAACAGCCGAAAACGCAAGGCACCUGCGACUCCCCCGGCUCCGCAGCGUCUACCAACAUCCGACGAACUCGAGGAUAUUGUCAUUGAUGCGCCUAUGCGCGAAAACUGUGACCAAGUGCGUCGUAAAAUCAACCGCGCUCUUGAUGCAGGCAUCAUCACCAAGACGGGCUUGGCCGGGGAGAUUGGCGUGAGCGUAAAGUCUCUCAACGGCUUUCUUCGCGAGCACGGUGCCUUCAAGGGCCAAGGCUACAGCUCCUAUCCUGCCGCGUGGGAGUACUUCAAGAAGCUCGACGCUGUCGGUUACAAGAUCCCCAACAAGACAGCGGCUGCCAAGAAGCAGAAGACGGAUUCCGCCGACGGCGCCGAGGCCGACAUUGGGAAAGUCGAUGUCAGUGACAUCCAUCUCGAAGGCGAGGAGACCGAUGAGGUGCCUGUUUACGACACUUGCGAUGAGAUCCGGAGGAAGAUUGAUGCUUAUCUGAGGAGGCCCGGCGUCACCCAGGCGCAGUUCUGCCGCGAUAUUCACGCGCAGCAUCAAAGCGCAAAGCGACCGGCCAAUAUUCACACCUCGCAGUUGGCCCGCUUCCGCGGUAUGAAGGGGGCCCGAGCCGGUGCAACCUCGUCCGUAUUCUACGGCGCUUAUGUUUUCUUCGAGAAGUUGCGAAUUAAGGAGAAGAAGCCAAUGACCCAGCAUCGCAAGGAUAUGGAGGAGGCCUGGCCCAACGGUUUUGAUCGUACCGACGAUGGCCGCAUCGCCGCCCUCCGCACCCCUUCCCCCCGAAAACUACUCGACAUCAUGGACAACGUUACCCCAGCCACGUCAUCCAACGCGGUACAACCAAUACAACAUUACAAGCGCACGCUCGUGGGCGUGCGUAAAGUGACGGCGAAGAAGAAAAUUGAGGACCAUCGCACUGUCGUGACGGUGGAUAAUUGGACUGUGGUUGGCUUAACGGCCCAUAUGAAGCGCUACAAGGUUGACGAUUUGGUUGUCUAUAUGGAGAUUGAUUCGUUCAUUCCCAAGACUAACAGGUUUUUUGAGCUCUGGCCCAGAAUGACCGAUGUUUUCGACGGAGAACAAGGGCUCCGCGUCAGGUCGCACGUCGUGGCCGGCACAUGGUCGCAGGGCAUGAUCUUUCCCCUUGAACAAUUUCCCGAGAUCACGGUGUAUUACCAUAACCGCGUCGUCAAGGUUGGCCAAGAGAACGCCACGACGGAGAUCCUGAAAUAUUCUUUCGCGGACCACCUGGGCAUCAAGAAGUGGGAGUAUCCGACCCACGAGCGGCCGGUCACGGGCAUCAUAGGCGAGCUCUCGGCGCUCAUCCAUAAACCAGGCAACUGGCGGAUCCAAGACAUCGGCAACGUCGUCUUCAACCCACGCACGGUCAAUACCAGGACCUACCAGGUCACCGAGAAGCUCGACGGUGUCAGCAUGCACGUCUACAAGGUCUCCAACAGCUCGAAAGACCUGCUCGAUUUCUUCCCUGCCCUACGACCCUUGCCUAUCGCCGACAAGCCCGAUGGUGAUGGUAUCCCCAUCCCUCCCACGAUGCAAACUGAGCGCUGCCGGGUCGGCGUCUGCAACCACUCCCACGAGUUCUUCGACGACGGCAAGAACAUAUACUGGGAGACGGCCAAGACAAGCGGCAUCAUCGACAAGAUCCAUCAGAUCCCCUUCCGCAACAUCGCCAUCCAGGGCGAGCUGGUCGGCUCGCACAUCCAGGGAAACACGAUGCGGUAUCCCGAGGGCAAGCACGAGUUUGUCGUCUUUGGCAUCUGGGACAUUGGUGCCAAGGAGUAUCUGGCGUUCAAAACCGUCGAGCUGCUGUGCAAGACGCUGGGUAUCGCGCAUGUGCCGGUCCUGGGUUACGGCCCUGUGACCAAGUACGGGAAGAAUGUGAAGGAGCUUUUGGCGUAUGCGGAUAAUCUUGGUACGGGGAAAUAUGGGGGAUUAAGGAGGGGAUUGGAUCUUCAGGGAUGA